UUUUGUGCAUCUACCUUCAUUCUGCGCCCGAUAGUUUACAACGCGAGAACGAAACACUCGACGUCCUCCAGUAGAAAACUCGGAAAAAUAAUAGUGAAGGGGAAAAUAUUUUCCUCAAAUCGAAAAAUCGUUCAAUCCAUUACUGCCCUAAAUCGAAUCGAGUGGGAUUCGCGUUUUCCAGCUUUAGUUUUCGAACGUAUCAAAAGCAUUUCCGCGAUUGUAAAUUUGGUUUUUCAAGCGGUUUUCGCGAUUGGAUUCACGGAGUGUAUAGCGCAAUUUCGUCGUCGUUGUAUGAACGGACAUAAUUGCGCUGGUGGUGUAAUUUUACUGCAGGCAGAUAAAUUUUCAAUGAAAAAAUCGAUUGAGUUCUAAAAGUGAAAAAUCGCUUUUGCCCAUCAAAGAAAGUCCUUUCCAGUGUCAAAUCGAAUGAAGAUGUAACCAGAAAAGGUUUCCAUCACUCUAGGAAAGUGAUUGAGUGAUUAAAAAUUUGGGAAUAUUGAUAAAUCUCCAGUUUCCGAUUUUCGGGUAUCAGUGUUCAUACGUGUGUUUAGUGAAAAAGAUAUGAUCAGUUAUCAGAUUUAAUUUAGUGAUUUUGGGGAAAAAUUGGGAAACUGCUAGGAGUUGAAGUCGGCGGCAGUACAUUGAAUCGUUUCAUUGGGCAUUCAUUGGUCGGGAGUUAAAAAAAUCAGUCAAAGUGGAACAUCAUACUAUGAAAACUCGUCUGACAACGUUGACAUGGCGAGGUUCAGCAUCUGUCGAUCCCCGAUUUUCGGCCUCGAUGCUGCCUUGGUCCAUAGCGGAUAUCCGGAAUCACGAAAAUUAUGUAACUCUUUCCGUUGGGAUUGAAAAUGGCUUCAUUGAGGCUUACAACACGGAUUUCGAGCUUCAGUUUGUGCACCAGCUGAAAUACAUCCUCGGUUAUUGCAGAGUAAUCGUCAAACAGGAAAAAGGGAAGAAAAAUUCCGACUUCCUGAUUCCCAAAUCGAGCAGCACUCGAGUGCUUCCGAUUACCAUCGGUAGUGAUAACGUAGCGGAAAUCUUCGGUCCCGAGUAUGGUUUGAUUUAUUUGCUGAAAACACCGCAGGAUCCACUGUUGCACAUUCAUCUGUACGAGUGUGAAAAAUACGAACAGAUGGCGGAGCUGUUACAACAAAUGCGAGAUCCAGCAGCGAUCGGUGGCGGUUCAGCCGGCAGUAUUCCCCAGAGUAUCGUAUCGUCCAGUGCGAAUUCCAACGAUAUCCACCGAGCGUUACGCGGCCAGGGCAUACACUCAACCCCAGCGUCUAAUUUGAAACUUUCGGAACAGAUGCGACAUGCCCAGCAUGACAGCAGCCCAACAUUGAAUCCCCAGAACGGGUCCACGGCCAAUGGCAUCCAGCAUCAACAUCAGCAACAAUCUUCGCAAGGCCGCCUCAGCACUUCUAAGAGCUAUUCCGGUGGUUUGAAUCAGUCCUCCGGAAUGGCCUCGGGCAACAUGCAAAACAGUGUCAGCGUUUCGUCCAGCCUGACCUCACUGCCGGACAUAUCGGCCAAUAAUUCACAAUUUUUCGAAGUGCUCUACGUGGGCAAGAUCAAAGUGUCACACAAACGGGUGCCGUUCACCUUCAUAGACGAUGCUCUGCCCAAGUUCAAGGCGUACGAUGCACAAAAGCUCAAGCAGCAACUGGAAACGGCGCGGAAGAACGCCGAAACAAAGGAAACGGACGGCUCUGGCGCAAUCCUCAGCCAAGGAGCAUCCCUCUUAGUGCCCCCGACGGUUCCCCUAAACAGAAUCAGCGAGUCCAGCGAAACAAUCGAGAGAAGCGCCGAGGACAGUGUCAAUGAAAAUAAGGAAAACUCUCAACCGACGCUGCUUACGGCGGCAUCAGAUGAAGCUGCCGAAGUUUUUCGGGGCCGUCGAGUUAGUCAGUUUGAAAUUCCAUCCAAAAAAGUAACUAAUCCCACAAAAGAGGAAAAACAAGAUGGUGAAAACAAUAACGAUGGCGGAAACGCGGGGGAAUGUUUGCAAAGAUCGAUAUCAUUGCAACCGUACCGCCAAAAAGAUUUAUCAAAAGUGCCAUCUGACGAGGAUGUCCCUACGCGUCGAGACCGAUCGGCUUCAAUCGGGUCCAUACCGGUGGUUGAGCAAAAUCGUACCAUGGUAUUUUUGAUCGGUCAAACCGACCUGCGGCUGAUCAGUCCGGAUCGCAAACAAGUCCUACUGCACAAAGAGUUCCGAGACGUUGCCAGCUGCGCCCAAGGGCAGAAGAAUGCGGACCAUUUCGGAAUCAUCUGCCGGGAUGUGAACAACGACGGCUACAUCGGUUACGUUUUCAAAUGCCAGUCGGAGAACGUUGCCGAUGAAAUUAUCAUCGCCAUAUCGCAGGCCUUCCUGGUCUGUUCGGAGCAAAAACAGAAAGACAAGGCCUCGGCCCAGAUUUAUUCCUGUGACCACUGUCCGAUGCUGUGGUAUCACAAACUGUGCUCCGAUAUCGAAGGUUUAAGCGAUAAGAAAACACAGUACAUGAUAUUCAAGAGGAUAGAUACAACACUAACCGAAGAAGAGCAACGUUCGAUCACCGAGAAAUACCAAGGCGCUGAAGAAGCCGCAGGACACAGUAUCGGGGAGCAGAACCAGUUUCUCAUGAUGCUUUUACGUGCACAUUGCGAAUCCAAACAGCAAAGACACGUGCAUGAUACGGUUGAAAAUAGAACCGAAUUCUUGAACCAAUAUCUAGGAGGAAGCGGUAUAUUCAUGAAGGCUAAGCGAUCCCUUACGAGCUCCUUCGAUCAUCUGCUUAAACGUCGCACGAGUAAAGACGAUUUCACCGGCAGCAAUCUAAGCAUCAAAGAUUCUAGCUCCUCGAAUGAUUUGAAGGUUGGUAACGAUUUCGAGCCGCAGUCUCGACCGCGUUCCUCAACCAUUGGAUCGAGUCCUUCGAUGAGUAGGAAAAAUUCCGACUUUGGAAUAACACCAAAUGCACCGCAACUGAAAUCACCUAUGAUGGAUAUAUUCAUAAAAGUUGGCAACAAUCCACGGGAAAACUCUAGUCAUGCCGGGUCCUGGAGACAAGCAAUGUUGCACAGAGUGGUUACUCCAUCGAAAAGUAUGAGGACCACCGGUGACGAAUACAUGUCUCCACUUCGGACGGCUCAGGUGGGUUCCCCGUCCAGAAAGCGAACCCGUGAAGAAUUGCGCGAACUUUGGCGUGUCGCCAUCAAGCAGACCAUCAUUCUCAACCGAAUGGAGAAGGAGAACGCACAUCUACAGGCGCGUCAAAAUGAAAUCAAAUCCAACGAAAUGAAACGCAUGAAGUUGGAAUACGACGAGAUAGCUCCCUGUGAUAGACAAGCCUUCGAGAUAUGGGAAACGUUUUUGGGCGCUUCGGGUCUCGAUGCUGUACCCGCCAAGAAAGAUCCAAAAGUUCUGUACCAAGCGAUUAAGAACGGUGUUCCGAGAUCAAAGCGCGGAGAAAUUUGGAAAUUCCUGGCCAAUCAACACUCGUACAGCACGAUUCCGGUUGAUACGACCAAUUUUCCGAAUUAUAAUACACCGUAUCAUGUUCUGUUGAAAAAUCUAACGGAGCACCAGCAUGCAAUAUUCAUUGACUUAGGACGUACUUUCCCGGAUCACAAAUACUACAAGGACGCGUUGGGCGUGGGUCAGCUAUCGUUGUUCAAUUUGUUGAAAGCAUAUUCUAUUCUGGAUCCUGAACUUGGCUACUGUCAGGGUUUGGGUUUCAUCUGUGCUGUUUUGCUGCUUCAUCUCGAGGAAUCCGACGCAUUUGAGUUACUAAAACAUCUAAUGUUCCAAAGACAAAUGCGCGCCAAGUAUCUGCCCGACAUGAAACAAUUCCAGCUUCAAUUGUACCAACUGUCGCGUCUUCUUAAGGAUCACAUACCGGAACUCUACGAUUGGUUCGAUCAGCAUGACAUUUCUCCGACGCUCUACGCAGCCCCUUGGAUCCUUACUGUAUUCAGCUCUCAUUUUCCACUUGGGUUCGUGGCACGUGUUUUCGAUUUACUAUUUCUGGAGUCGUUCGAUGUGAUAUUUCGCUGUGCAAUUUCUCUCCUGGAGGUUCAUAAAGAGCAACUUUUGCAGCGCGAUAACUUUGAAGACAUUAUGAACUAUCUCAAAACAGUGGUUCCAAAAAUCAGCGAAGAUGUCAUGGAUAAGGUUUUUCGGAAUGUGUUCAAGUCCGAUUUCUCUCGGCAGCUGAUCGAAUACCAAGUAGAAUAUAACGUCCUCAAGGAGGAGAUGACUUCUCAAAAUCAUCAUUUAGAAAAUUUCAACCGGAUUAAAGAUGAAAAUCAGCAGUUGGAAUCGCAGCUUCAAUUCGCUCAAUCCAGUUUAACACAGCUGGAAAAGACAAGACAAGCACAGCAAAAUCAAAUACAGUCCCUGCAAACACAAGUACAAGCACUUGAGAAUACCGUCCAAACGCUGGUAAAAUUCAUCGAGCAAUCUUACGAAACCAAGCCAGACUACGUACUACCGAAUGACGUGUGUCGUAUAUUGCAACAAGUUCAAGAUCUACAAUCACAACAGUUGGCUCAGCAGAAGAAGCGUUCACCCGUUUUUGUAGAUCGCAAAAUAGGAAAGUCAAUUUCGUUCAACAGCAAUCUCGGCCUUGCGUUGAACGUUCUGGAGGAAGGAAACGAGCAGGACAGUGCUUCCGGCACACCUACCAAGAAGAAACCAUUUUUCCAAAGUUCUUUCGAGCAAAUCCGUCAGCAGAAGGCAGGCCUUCGUCUGAACAAACUGGACAGCUGUGGCAGCCCCGAGCACAAUGGCGACCGUUAUGGAUUGAAGCUGAACAACGUGAGCGACGAUAGCGGAAUCGCAACUCCGAUAAGUCCGCAGAUGCAUGCUCCCUCAACGACACCGAUGGUACCGGAAAGUAAACCACUGGGCAGCCAAUUGGAGAUUCAUCCGCUGAGCGGUGAUGUCAACGUGCAAUUUAAUGGAACAACACAACUGAAAUCGAUAAAGCCCCGGGUUCAAUCACGUCAGAAUUCGGUGUCAUCGAUCAUCAGCGAUAUCGGGGAAAACAGCGUCCUGCCCGGAGUCACUAAUCGAAGUUAACAAUUCGCCACAGCGGUGGAUCGUUGAACAUCAGCUGAGGAUAUUAAAUAAGGCGUUCCGAUAAGUGCGUGUGCGUUUGAAGAGCAAAUAUAGUUGGAUGCAAACUUGUUUUCUUGUAAACAUUUUAUAAACUACGGACAAAUAAUUAUGGGGACAAAUUUGUAUGAGUUCCAUUGAAGUUUGAAAAGAUUGCGAGCUUUAGGGUGUUUUAAGUUACAUAAAUUGUUAUGUAAAAUGUAAAACCUUGAAUAUUUAUUUUACUCAAGAUUUUUCUUCAAAAUGCACUCACUUAUCGGACAAACUUGUCAAGAAGCCAUGUGUGAAUUAAAAAUAACGGAAACAAAAUACCAACAUUAUAUACAUACUAGUGAAAAGCAUAGCCUUUGUCCCUCAUAAAAGAAAAUUCAAAGCGAUACAGCAGCUUCAGCGUUUUGGCAAGUUCUAACCCUCGUGAUGCUUGGCGAAUAGUGAUUCAAUGUGGUACUACUAGCGAUAAGUGUUUAGCCGAUUAAACCUUUACAGUAUAUAAAUACAUACAUAUUAUGAAUGCUCCGUAAUACAGAGUGAUUCCAAUCAAUGCAGCUUCUCGAUACCGAAAUUUUAAGGUACAAAUUAGAAAACGGUCCCCUUUUUAGCUUCCGCGAUGUUGUUUGUCUUGUGUAUUUAUACAAAAAAGAAAACGUAUGCUUAGAAUAGCCACCAUAUAACGGACUGCAACUACAAAAUAGUUUUGGAAUGCUUAUACGAUUCAUUAUAAAUUUAUUUAAGCAAAAGAAUCAACAAACGCUGAAUAACCAAAAGCUGGCAAUCUAAACAAUCCGAAAAUCAUCAAUUUCAGAGAAUAAAUAGGUGUGCAUGAGCAAAACUCGAUAAAUUUGAUUGUACAUAAACAAUACAUGCAACAAAGAUGUUUUCACAAGCAGCUUUACCAAUCACCAAUGAGCAACAGGGCACAUCUGAUACAACAUAUAAUACCAAAAUAAUGCGCCAACCCAAAGCUUUCACAAUAUUUAACAUAAAAAACAUUGAAACAAAAAAAACAGAAUUGUCUCAGCUGAGAACAAAAUACAUACAAUUAUUUUCCAAUAAAAUAUUAGAUACCAACAAAUGAAGUAGAGCUCAAAAGCUGCCCUUUCUGUAACGAUAAAAAAGUUGGAACCGGAUUAGAAAGGAGAAAAGAAAGUUGAUGGCAUAUGUGACUUAUUUACGAGCUUAUUUUAAAUCGGCAUCUUUCCAUACAGUUUUUAUGUUAUCUGUUGAAUUGAUUUUUAUCUAUUUUGAUAUAUUUAUCCGUUAUUUUAGUAGUUCGGUUAUGUGUAGUGUUAAUUUAGUCAUAAUAUUUCUGAUGAAAAUAGAUGCCGAAAAUUGAUAUUCAAUUAAAUUUUGUACUAUUUUCUUUUGCAAUCGGUCGUUUUCAAGAAUUUUUCAUGAGUUCACACUGGCAAAGAUUACAAAUGUGUCCGAGCUCCACCAUAUUUAAACAUAAACUGGAAUGUAAUAUUGAUAUUAUAGUAUAAUAUAUAAAAAUGUAAACAUUAUAAUCUAA